UGGCCUUGUGGGAUAGCAUGGCGUCCACUGGUUGCAGUAGGUCAUCCGGGUAUCGUUCGCCACUGUAUAUUAGAUUAUUUUAGUCUAUACUUUAUUGUCAUUGUACCAGUACAAUGAAAUGCACUUUAGUGUCUAACCAGAAAGUGCACAUAGUAGAGUAAGGUGCAAUAAGGCAGCAAAUGAGAAUAUAUUCAUAAUGAAAUACAUAUAAUAAUGGAAUCACUAAUUAUUAAUGGAAUUUGUAUACUCAAGGAGGAGUAUAUAGAUAUGAAUACGGAUGCGUUUGAAUAGAUAAGUCAGAUAUGGAUAAAUCCAGAUAUAUGAACUAUUUUAUGUACAGAAUAGAUAUAUGUAAACAGGUGAAAUAUAUACAUAAAGUGCAGUCAAAGGGUAUUGAUAUUUUGAAAGUUCAGUUAUUGAGUGGUAAGGUUUUAAAGUUCAGAAUGGUGAUGGUGUGGUGCAAGAAACUGUUCCUGAGAUUGCUGGUGCGGGACUGAGGCUCCUGUAGCGCCUCCUUCAUGUAAGACACCAUGUCGCAGACACCCUGUAUGCUGCAGGGCAGCGAUGUUCAGCAACGGGAUGCCGUUUAGCACAUACCCAAGUUUUACUGACAUGGCCGACGAGGCCGUGCUGAAGCGCUUGGUGGGGCUGGCGCGGGACGGCCGCCUGCGAGACAUAGAACACGCGCUUUAUGACAACAACGACCUUCGGAGCUGGAUCGGCGUCGCGCGCCUGCCGCGCUCCGGGGACACGCUGCUGCACUACGCUGCCCGGCAUGGCGCCCUGGACGUCCUCGCCUUCCUGGUGCAGGACGUGGGCAUGGACGUCGAGCUGUGCAACAGCGAUUACAAGAGGGCACUGCACGAAGCCGCAUCCAUGGGCCGAGGAGACUGUGUGCAUUACCUUUUGGCCAGGGGAGCCAAAGUAGACUGCUUAAAAAAGUCUGAUUGGACCCCUCUUAUGAUGGCCUGCACCCGGAGAGAUCUGGAAGUCAUCAGGCAGCUAAUCGAGCACUGGGCAGACCCAGCACUCAAGAACAAAGACGGCUGGAAUUGCUUCCACAUCGCCUGCAGAGAGGGUGAUCCGUCUGUGGUACACUGCCUAUUAGAGGCCAGCCCAGAAGUCUGGGACACAGAAAGCACCACCCUCCGAUCUCCACUGCACACGGCAGCUAUGCAUGGCUGCGAAGAAGUUGUGAGUGUUCUCCUUGAAAAGUGCAGCUACAGACCUGACAGCAGGGACAGCUGUGGGAUCACGCCGUUCACGGAUGCUCUGAGGAACGGACACAUUGGUAUCGCUAAGCUGCUGCUGGAUAAGCACCAGGCAUCUCCAUCAGCGGCAGACUGCAUGGGAGCACAGCCCCUGCAUCACGCCUCCGUAACAGCCCAGGAGGGGGCGCUGCGUUUCCUGAUGCAAGACCUUGGUGUGGACGUAAAUGCUCGAGCCACCGACAUAGGCCUGACUGCCCUUCAUUAUGCUGCCAAGGAAGGUCACAGUAAUACAGUAAGAACCUUGUUUGAAUUAGGGGCUGAUCUUCAAGCAAAGGACAUAAAAGGACGAACAGCACUUCACAUGGCUUGUGCGGGACAGCACGCCUCCACAGUGCGCACCCUGCUGGAGCUGGGGCUCCAGGAUACCCCAGACGCCUCAGGGACCGAGGCCAGGCAGCUGGCCAGGAAGCCAGAUGUGCACUGCAUCUUCACUGAAUGUGAUGUACCAAAAGCUGAUUAAAAGACAAUUCCAAACAU